GGAGGCGCCUCUCGGGCGCCCUCCGGCCGGGAUGCCAGUGCCGGGCGCCCGGCGCGCGUUCGCCCGCAGCCUGCCCGCGGCCUUUAUACCGAACGGUCUGAGCGCUCACUAAUGUUUAACUCGUGGCAGAAACUUGGGAGCGCAGAGUGACUCCGCGGCCCCGAGCGGUGGAGCUGGACGCCCGUCUCCGCGGCUCGCCUGACUUCUGCCUGCGCUCCUGCUCCGAACACUCAGUUCCGGGCCCACACCGACGAUGAAGACGCCGUGGAAGGUGCUCCUGGGACUGCUGGGGCUCGCUGCGCUCGUCACCGUCAUCACCGUGCCCGUGGUUCUGCUGAACGAAGACAAUGAUGGUGCAGCUGACAGCCGCAGAACUUACACUCUAACUGAUUAUUUAAAAAAUACUUUUAGGAUGAAAUUCUACUCCCUGCGUUGGAUUUCAGAUCAGGAAUACCUCUACAAACAAGAAAAUAAUAUCUUGCUAUUCAAUGCUGAAUACGGAAACAGCUCCAUUUUCUUGGAAAACAGUACAUUUGAGGAAUUUGAACACUCUAUAAAUGAUUAUUCGGUAUCUCCUGACGGACAGUUUAUUCUCUUAGAGUACAACUAUGUGAAGAAAUGGAGACAUUCUUACACAGCUUCAUAUGACAUCUAUGACUUAGCUAAAAGGAGGCUGGUUACAGAAGAGAAAAUUCCAAACAAUACACAGUGGAUCACAUGGUCACCAGAGGGUCAUAAAUUGGCAUACGUUUGGAACAAUGAUGUUUAUGUUAAAAAUGAACCAAAUUCAUCAAGUCAGAGGAUCACAUGGACGGGGAAAGAAAAUGUAAUAUCCAGUGGAAUAACUGACUGGGUUUAUGAAGAGGAAAUCUUCAGUGCCUACUCUGCUCUGUGGUGGUCUCCAAAAGGCACUUUUUUAGCAUAUGCCCAAUUUAACGACACAGAAGUCCCACUUAUUGAAUACUCCUUCUACUCUGACGAGUCACUGCAGUACCCAAAGACUGUGCGGAUUCCAUAUCCAAAGGCAGGAGCUGUAAAUCCAACCGUAAAGUUCUUUGUUGUCAAAACCGACAAUCUCGACCCAAACACCAACGCAACUCCAAUAGAAAUCGUUCCUCCUGCUGCUCUUUCAGCGAGGGAUUACUACUUGUGUGAUGUGACAUGGGUAAAUGAAGAAAGGAUUUCCUUGCAGUGGCUCCGAAGGAUUCAGAACUAUUCAGUCAUGGAUAUUUGUGACUAUGAUAAUUCCACCAACAACUGGAGAAAUACAGUGGCACAAGAACAUGCUGAAAUGAGUACCACUGGCUGGGUUGGAAGAUUUAGGCCUUCAGAGCCUCAUUUUACCUCCGACGGGAAGAGGUUCUACAAGAUCAUCAGCAACCAAGAUGGCUACAAGCACAUUUGCCUAUUCCAAAUAGAUAAGCAAGGUUGCACAUUUAUUACAAAAGGAGCUUGGGAAGUCAUCGGGAUAGAAGCUCUUACCAGUGAUUACCUAUACUACAUUAGUAAUGAAUAUAAAGGAAUGCCAGGAGGAAGAAAUCUUUAUAAAAUCCAACUGAGUGACUACACAAAGGUGACAUGCCUGAGUUGUGAGCUGAAUCCAGAAAGGUGUCAGUACUAUUCUGUAUCAUUUAGUAAAGAGGCAAAGUACUAUCAACUGAGGUGUUCAGGCCCUGGUCUGCCCCUCUAUACUCUGCAUAGUAGCAGCGACGAUAAAGAACUGAGAGUCCUGGAAGACAAUUCAGCUUUGGAUAAAAUGCUGCAGGAUGUCCAGAUGCCCUCAAAAAAACUGGAUUUCAUUAUUUUGAAUGAAACAAAAUUCUGGUAUCAGAUGAUCUUGCCUCCUCAUUUUGAUACAUCCAAGAAAUAUCCUCUACUAAUAGAUGUAUAUGCAGGCCCGUGUAGUCAAAAAGCAGACGCUGUCUUCAGACUCAACUGGGCUACUUACCUUGCAAGCACAGAAAACGUUAUUGUAGCCAGCUUUGAUGGCAGAGGAAGUGGUUACCAAGGAGACAAGAUCAUGCACGCAGUCAACAGAAGACUGGGAACAUUUGAAGUUGAAGAUCAAAUUGAAGCAGCCAGACAAUUUUCAAAAAUGGGAUUUGUGGAUGACAAGCGGAUUGCAAUUUGGGGCUGGUCAUAUGGAGGGUACGUAACCUCAAUGGUCCUGGGAGCCGGCAGUGGCGUGUUCAAGUGUGGGAUAGCCGUGGCACCUGUUUCACGGUGGGAGUACUAUGACUCAGUGUAUACAGAACGUUACAUGGGUCUCCCAACUCCAGAAGACAACCUUGACCAUUACAGGAAUUCAACAGUCAUGAGCAGAGCUGAAAAUUUUAAACAAGUUGAGUACCUCCUUAUUCAUGGAACAGCAGAUGAUAACGUUCACUUUCAGCAGUCAGCUCAGAUCUCCAAAGCCCUGGUGGAUGCUGGAGUGGAUUUCCAAGCAAUGUGGUAUACAGACGAGGACCACGGGAUUGCCAGCAGCACGGCACACCAGCAUAUAUACACCCACAUGAGCCACUUCAUAAAACAAUGCUUCUCUCUACCUUAGCACCUCAAAACAGCAUGCCCGACCUUAUUAAAAGCCAUUUUUGUCCUAUCGCAAAACUGCACUGUUCAGAUGAUGAUCUUAAAAAGUACACUCAAAUCAAGAAAUUCAGGGUUACCU